AUUCUGCAUAGCACCUAUGCAGAAGUGACAUUUUUGUUUUUAUUGAUCAUUUUUUGCCUCAUACAGUUCCAUUAGUAACUUAUUUUAAACCUUUAUCCAGUCCGUUCCAUAAAUUCAUACCACAAUACCGUCCAUAAAGGGGAACUGAGAGUGAACAGCUUGCUUAAAAGGCAAUAAAUGGUUAGAAAUCAGUUCAGACUGAACAGUUGUUUUGAUGCCAAAGCCGGCCUGAAUUUAGCCAGCCACACCAUGUAGGCAGAACAUUGAGCUGAGAGUUUGAGGUGUUGAAUGGUCUUACUGAUGCUAACCCCUGAAUUUACCGAGCUUGGGACCAGCACAUUUCUUUUGUUUUGUUGUGGUUCUUAGUCAUUUUUAAUAAUUUAGUUAUUUGUGGAUCUAGUGGGGCAGUAACGUCAUUUAGGGGGGCAUUACCCCCCCUUGCCUUACGCUAAGGUAUUCCAUAAUCUGUUUCUACUCUAAACUCCUCUGCCUCUCUUCAUCCACUGCUCUGCUUCCCUUUGAACAGGUUUCCCUGGAGAGCCUGUCUCCAUCGAUCUUUCGCCCCCCUCACGCCCUCGCCACCUCAGAUCACGUCAGAUGCGACACUAAUCCAGACAUGGAGGAUUAGCAGAGGAGAAGCAGGGAUUCAGCUGCAUUCCUUAAUAGAAAGGCAUGCAGAGGGAAUGAGAAUUAAAAACAGGUCAAACGCGGGGUGCGUGUGCUGUCUGUGUGAGCGCUCAUAUGUGCAUGAGGAUUGACUCCAGGGAUUUUAACGUAAACUGACCCAGAAACAUGAAAGCAGUGAAAAAGCAGACUGUGGGGGAACAGACAGCAAUGAUGAGGCAAAUGAGCAUGAAACAUUCUAUGGAUUAAGUGGAGUUGGUGUCAUGCUGAUCGCCUCUCUGUGUCUAAUUUCCUCCCUUUUUACUGUGACUUUGCUUGUUUAAAAACGAUCUGAUAAAAGAACUGAUACUCAAAGAUGGUCAACAGUAUCGGUGAAGGUGGAAUCAUUAUAACACCGUAUUUUUUUUACAUUUAUUUUGUUUUUAAAUUAUACUAAUUUUUUUUAUGAUUACAAUGCUGCCACGGGAACGCACACAUUUCCCACGUGUGGGAUCAAUAAAGUAUUUCUGAUUCUGAUUUUCAGAGGGAGUCUGGGACUGCUGCUGGUAAAACAGAUGGAGGGAAUUCAUGUUGAUUCACGCUCAUGCUGCAGUUCCAGAGACUUCUUGAUGAUGGAACGUAUUGAAUAUGCCACAAAAGCUUAGGAUGCAUUCACACUGUUUGGAUCUAGACCAGAACUGGUUUCCUCUGAUGGUCCUCUUGAUUAGGCGAGUGUGAAAGCUCACAAACAGAACACUUAGACCUCUUCUGAACAUCGGUCUCUGUUUGCAAACAUACUCAGUGUGUUUUGUUUUAAUGUAAAUGCUUAGCAGACUAUCCUUAGGGAAGAGAGGAACCAAAGGAAGUCAAUGACGUAAACACCGUGGAUGAUGAGUAAGGAGGAUAAAAAUUGUCCACGGCACCAUCCAUUUUAGGUGAGCCUUUGGCUCCAUACUGAGUGCUAGCCAUGUUGCAGCAGCCCGAGCAGACAUCCAGCACCCUGCAGCUGGUAGCUAGUGACAUGACGGGCAUCAUGGAGAACCUGGACACCCGGGAGCUCGCCCUGGGUGAUGGUGAUUACGACCUGGCGGAUGCCAGCGUUCCUGCAGGACAAUUGUCUUUUGCUGCAAUAUACAACACUGUGAGCUUCAAGGAAUCCGGGGGUAAGGUUUUCCUGUCCUGUCCGAUUACGGCCAGGGUCACGGAUGUAGAGAAGCACAACGCGGUUCAGGACCGUUUCAACAUGACCGCACAGAGGAGUGUCAACAAGACUCUUCCAGCUCUCUACACCAUCGAGCUGAAACAUGGAGAGUUUACAUGGAAAGUGAAGAAGAAGGAGAAGCACUUCAUGGAGCUCCACAGAGAGCUGAGGACGUACAAGACCUUCGUCAAGCUGAAGCUGCAUCCGCACAGUCACACUGUGAGGAGGACCACGGUGCCAAAGAGCGAGGCGACACAGAUACCUAGCCUCCCCAAGGGAGGAGAAGAGGAGGGUAGAGGAGACACUGUUUCCAGCCGUAAGAAACAACUUGAAGAUUACUUGAACAAACUGCUGAAGAUGCAGAAGUACAGGAACUACCAUGCUACGAUGGAGUUCAUGGAUGUGAGUCAGCUGUCCUUCAUUCACGACCUUGGACCAAAAGGCUUAGAAGGAAAAGUGUUGAAACGGUCAGGAGGCCAUCGGAUCCCCGGACUAAACUGCUGUGGCCACAGCAAAAUGUGCUACCGCUGGUCCAAACGCUGGUUGGUGGUGAAGGACUCGUUCCUGCUGUACAUGAAGCCAGACUCUGGUGCCAUCUCCUUUGUGAUGCUGUUUGACAAGGAGUUCAGCAUCAAAGUGGACUCCAAAAGCACAGAAACAAAACACGGCAUUCGUGUUGACAGCCUUUCCAGGUCAUUGGUGCUGAAGUUCAGCAACUACAGACACGCCCGCUGGUGGGGUCAGUCUCUAGAAAAAUUUGCGCAUGACCACGGCUCCGCCUUCCUCAAGGACCACCGCUACGGUUCUUUUGCCAGAGUGGAGGAUGACAUUCCGGCUAAAUGGUAUGUGAAUGGGAAAACGUACAUGGAAGAUGUAGCUAAUGCUCUGGAAGAAGCCAAAGAGGAGAUCUUCAUCACGGACUGGUGGUUGAGUCCAGAGAUCUUCCUGAAGAGGCCGGUCGUUGAGGGGAACCGAUGGCGUCUUGACUGCAUCCUGAAGCGCAAAGCGGAACAAGGAGUGCGAAUCUUUGUGAUGCUGUACAAGGAGGUGGAGCUGGCUCUGGGCAUCAACUCAGGGUACAGCAAGAGAACACUACUGCAGCUUCACCCCAACAUCAAGGUGAUGCGGCACCCGGACCACGUCUCCUCCUCCGUCUAUUUGUGGGCCCAUCAUGAGAAGAUCAUCGUCAUUGACCAGUCAGUGGCGUUUGUUGGUGGGAUCGACCUGGCGUACGGACGAUGGGAUGACAAGGAACACCGGUUGACGGACGUUGGAAGUGUGACGUUCGCGCAGAGUGAAGGUGCAGGUUCCUCUCAGGCUGCUCCAGCCAACGGCAGGGAUGUCAUCCCCAAAAGCAAUGGGAACACAAUGUUCACGGUGAUGGACUCGAGGGACCAGCCCAAACUGAAGGGCAAGAGGAAGAAGAGCAGGUUCAGCCUCAGGAAACGUCUUCACCUGACCCACCACGAAAGCGACAGUGACAGCGAUCGCGAGGAGAACAUGAGGAGCACCUCCGUGCGAAGUCUGAACACAGGAGUUGGAGAACUUUGUGGAAAUACGCGGUUCUGGCAUGGGAAGGACUACUGCAACUUUGUGCACAAGGACUGGGUUCAGCUGGACAAACCGUUUGAUGAUUUUAUAGACCGGCAUACAACCCCCAGAAUGCCGUGGCAUGACAUCGCCUCAGUGGUUCAUGGGAAGGCGGCUCGAGAUGUGGCCCGACACUUCAUCCAACGAUGGAAUUUUACCAAGCUUGUAAAGCCAAAGUACCGAGCUCUGUCGUAUCCAUUCCUACUGCCCAAGUCUCACAGCACAGCCGGGGAGCAGCGAUACAAAGUUCCUGGCUGCGUGUCAGCAAGAGUGCAGAUCCUCCGCUCAGCCUCCGACUGGUCCGCCGGCAUUAAAUACCACGAGGAGUCCAUACACAACGCCUACGUCGACGUGAUCCAGCAGAGCCAACACUUCAUCUACAUCGAGAACCAAUUCUUCAUCAGCUGUGCGGACAACAAACACGUGUACAACAAGAUAGGAGACGCUAUCGCACAGCGCAUCAUCAAAGCGCACAGUGAGGGGAAAAAAUAUCGAGUUUAUGUGGUGACGCCUCUGCUGCCGGGGUUUGAGGGCGACAUCAACACAGGGGGAGGCAGCGCCAUCCAGGCUGUCAUGCACUUCAACUACAGGACCAUGAACCGAGGAGAGUUCUCCAUCAUUUCCCAGCUGAGGAAAGAGAUGGGAGACCAGUGGAUAAACUACUUCUCCAUCACCGGCCUCAGGACUCACGCCGAGCUGGGGGGGAAGCUGGUCACCGAGCUCAUCUAUGUGCACAGCAAGAUGCUCAUCGCCGACGACAACACAGUCAUCAUCGGUUCUGCCAACAUCAAUGACCGCAGCAUGCUGGGUAAGAGGGACAGCGAGGUGGCUGUGGUCGUGGAGGAUAAGGAGACGGUGGUGUCAGUGAUGGACGGGCAGAAGUACCAGGCCGGAAAAUAUGCCCUGCAGCUGCGACUCGAGUGCUUCAAGAUGAUCCUCGGAGCAAACAACGAUCCCUCGAUCGACGUUUCUGAUCCCAUCAGUGAUCACUUUUACAAAGAUAUCUGGAUGACGACCGCUGGUCGAAAUGACUCCAUCUACCAGAGGGUUUUCCGCUGCCUGCCGUCCAGUGACGUCCACAGCAUCCAGGAACUGGAAGGAUACCUGGCCCAGCCGGGUCUGGACAAAGAGAACCCGGCCUUGGCUCAGGAGGAGCUGAAGAAGAUCCGUGGCUUCCUGGUCCAGUUUCCUCUUCAAUUCCUGUGUGAGCAGAACCUGCUCCCGCAGAUUGGCUCCAAGGAGGCCAUGGUACCCAUGGAGGUUUGGACCUGAGGAGGCGGAGUCUGUCUGCUGAGACCAAGUGGCUGAAGGACCUGGAAAUCAGUUGCUGAAUGAAGAAAUGUCAUGUUGGAAUUCUUCUCAAACUGUGGUCAUAUUUUUGAUUACCCCCCCCCCACACACACACACACACACAUACACACACACACUCUAAACUGGAGACAUUUUUCUUCUGCUUUACUCUGCAGACUGAUUGAAUAUUUAUGUAGAAGUUCAGGAAAAGGUCUGCCUGUGAGCCAAAGUGCAGGGUAAACCGAUCACACUACAAGUAAAAUAAUUAGUUUAUUUAGAUUAAAAGGAGACAUGUUACAGUCACCCUGGACUUUCCUGAGCCUGACGGUGAUGCUGUGGCUCUGGACUCCAUCUUCUCAGUCCUUCACUCCACCUCAUGAAGCAUUCACUGUUCCUCUGAAGCACAGUCAGCUCUCUUUGCUUUUUUUACCUCACUAAGAUUAGCCUCUCAGUUUAGAAGUUCAGUUAAAAGAGAUGGUUUAGUUAUUUUUGGUUUGCAGAGGAACAGCUGGACGCACCUCUGUGUAACUCUGAUCCGAGUAAACUAGAGGAAAAUGUCUCCUUUCAUGCUUGAAGAGCAUAAACUACAACAGAUUCUUGUAAAUAUCGCUAUCAAUUUAUUUAUGGAUCAAAUAUUUUUUGAAACAAUGAGAAGUCUAUUAUUUUGUGUAGGAAAUGUUCUUGAUGCAGGAUUAUCUCUUUAUAGGUUAUUCAGCUGGGAGGCGGGGGUAACCUGAAUGAAUGCAGUGCGAUGUUUGACGGUGACAGAGAAAUCAGGGGCAAAAAAGCUUCCAAAGUUAAAACACUAGAUGCAUCUCAAACUGCUGAAGUUUUUUCUUUGAGCGGUUCCACCGAUGUGCAGUUGAAAUCAGCUCAGUCAGACCCAUCUGUGCAAAAACAGAGGAAGGAAUAAGCAGACCUGCUGGGAAUCUCUCCACGGCCUGAAGGUUUGGCCGUUUACAGGAUGGAGGAAAAGGAGGUGAUCGACUGUCUGACAAACCUCCUCCCGCCCUUCACCACCAAGCUGUUACUCCACUUGUUAUUCUCUCGUAAACAACACUAUGCAACUGGCAGGGCCAGGAAAUGCAGCACAGACACUAAAUAGAGAAAAACAGAAGCUUUUUCUGUUUAACAAAAAACCCCAAAGUGCCAAAAGUCCUGGACAGUCUAAUGAUUGAACUGUAAAUUCAUGAACAUUCCUGAUCCCAUGGAUUACACUAUCUGCCUUAAAUGUUUCCUCCUGACAUCAGCUCCAAAGCUGCAGGCAGACCAGCUGAACACAUUUGGAAAUUACAUUCUUCAAAUACCAACUUUAUAUUGGUUUCUGAACAAGAAUAAAAAAUAUGGAUUGGUGCAUCAUAUAGUGAAGACAGUUUUAUUCCCUGUUAGAGAGAUGGAUAAUAGUCUUGAUUAAAGUCAGUAUUUCCAGGAAAAAGGACAAUGAUGAAUUUCAACUUCACUUUUUGGUUUUUCUAUCAGAAAUUGAUCAAAUUCAAGCUUGACUUGAUUCAAGAAAAGUGUCGGGUGUCUCUGAAAGCUAAAGAAAGUGCUGAGAACAGCAUGUGUUCAUGUAAGGGUGUUUGUAAAACGAUGCAUGCCUGUUUGACUCAAUUUGGACCAAAACAAAACCCACAGAAAUCUGCAUUGAAGUUUCCUUUUUGUCACUGAAAUGUAUCACUAUGAAAAAAAAGUGCCAGUUUGUGUGAGCAGUCAUUUUGCCUUUUGGAGUCUGGAUUCUUCCUUUUCUGUCUUUUCUGACUCUUCUGGUGCUGCAUGAAUCUGUCAGUGUCUUCCGGUUUAUUUACUGCAUGAAGCUGCAUUUUUCGAGCGCAGCUGACAGCCUGACAGCAGCCGGAUGCCAUUAAAGUUUCUUGAGAAAAGCAUGACAAAAAGCAAAGUCUCCUCUGUAGCCAGUAUUGAUGAUGUGCCUGUCUAAACGUGGAAGUGAAAGUUUUCCAUGUUUUUCUUUCUACCUCCUGAUCCUUUUGACCAUUUUUUUGGUUAAAGUUUGUUUCUGUCUGCUCUCCUCAGCUCUCUUUAGGUCAGAAAAAGGACCUCUGGAAGCUCUGCAGACUCCAGAAAUGUGGCCACGGUUUAGUUGUUGGUUCAGAUUUGUUGUGAAUGAACAAGCCCAAUUGGGGACCAGAGCUGCAGAUGUCUGCAGACCCUCAUCUGUCUUUUCUUGACUCUUUGAUGUUUGUAGAAAUGCACUAUUUGCACAUCGGUCUGCAUGAUUGCGUCAUAUUGCUCUCGUGAAAUGAUGGUUCAAUAAACCAAGAUUCUCAUAAAAACA